ACGCGUUAUUGAUAAUAAUAAUUACUUUGACAUGCGCAUUUCUACUUGAAGGGCUAAUUUCCCCAGCCUGCGGAGUUUGGGAAGGAGAGGGCUGAAAUAGCGUUACUAUUUUGCCCCCCAGAUGCUUGGUUGGAGUUUGCCAUGUCGAGACGCAAGCAGUCCAAGCCGCAGCACAUCAACUCGGAGGAACCCACGUCUGUAGAGAACGGGGUUCUUCAAGAUAUCCAACCUGAGGAGGAUGGAAACGAGAUCAAGAGGUGCCGAAUGGAAGAGACGAGAGUCUGCGAGAAAUGCUGUGCCGAGUUCUUUGACGAAGCUGAGUUUCUUGAGCACGAGAGAAACUGCACUAAAAGUCAGCAGGUUGUCAUCAUGAAGGACGGCGACGGGGGUGACGUACUGCCCGAGUUCUCCCAGUGCUCCCCUGGAGACUUCCAGAGCGACCACAGCGAUGGCCAGUCCAGCAGUAACUCCCAGUCGAAGCACAGUAUGGAGUUGGUCGACGGGAUGGAGGACGAGCCAAAACUUAAUGGAGAUGUUGACUUGAAACACGGCCAAGAGGAUCCAUCCAGCAGCCCUGACAUGAGCUACUUGCCCAGCUCUAAAUUACAAGACUCUAAUGUGACUCUUAAAACCAUGCCUGGCACGACAGUUGCUGUGACUCAGCAUUCGUCCAAUUCUUCAAAUUCUUCUAGUUCUUCUAGUCAGAAGUCUCCACCACCUUCAUCGCCGCAAGACAGCAGCACCAUCCAAGCCAUACCCAUGAUCCUGGAGCAGCUGGUGAGCCUUCAGCAACAGCAGCUACAGCAGAUCCAGUUGACGGAGCAGAUUCGUAUUCAGGUGGCUAUGAUGGCACCUCAAAGCCUGCAUUCUGCAGUGGGAGCUGCCAUGGACCCCCUCAAGGCACUUGGUGCACAUCUUUCCCAACAGCUCUCGGCAGCUGCUGCGCUAAUAGGAAAGCGAACAGGCUCCCAGAGUUUGUCUUUGGAAGCUCUCAAGCAAGGUAAACUACCUCAGCCCAGUAAUGUUCCCACGUCGCUCACCGGAGGUGCUGGCACCGUACCCUUGAAGACGGACAUGAUAAAAGGGCUCCCAGAUCUAGCCAGCCGGCUUCCGGCGUUACUUCCCCAGUCGCCAGCAGUCACGGCGUUCCAAAGUCCCUUCAGUGCCAUUGCAGCAGGUAUCGACCCCUCCAAAAAGGUGAAAAGCAAGGUGCCUAGCCCUACAGAAAUGAAAAACGGAACUGGUGAGCAGAUGUUUAAGCACAAAUGCAAGUUUUGUGGGAAGACCUUCGGGAACGACAGCGCCCUCCAGAUUCAUCUGCGUUCGCACACGGGCGAACGGCCGUUCAAGUGCAACAUCUGUGGAAACCGUUUCACAACUAAAGGGAACCUCAAAGUGCAUUUCCAGAGGCACAAAGACAAAUAUCCGCACAUUAAGAUGAAUCCGCAUCCUGUACCAGAGCACCUGGACAACAUUCCCACAAACAACGGCAUUCCCUAUGGCAUGUCUGUGCCUAUGGAGGAUUCCAAUAUGGUGGAUAGUAAACCAGUCAUUGGCCACCCAUCUUCUGGCCUCCACCCACCAGUGCUCCAGGGCUUCAAGCCAUCAUUCGACAUUCCAGUUCCAGCUGGUGAAAUCUACACGCAAAGACCCUCCUCAUCUGGUAGUGAUGGUGCGUCUAUUUCCUCAGGUGUGCUCAAUCAUGAGGUAGGUCUGGAUCAAGGCAAGGAAGCCUCAGAUCCUCUAACUGGUCUUCAACAUGUGAAUGGCAAUGGCCACCCUGGAGAAAACGGGUCCGGUACGGCCAAACUUCAGCAGAUGGUUGACUGCCUGGAGAAAAGGACCAACGACCCCAAUGAAUGCUUAAUCUGCCACAGGGUCUUGAGCUGCCAAAGUUCGCUCAAGAUGCAUUACCGCACACACACUGGCGAGCGGCCCUACAAAUGUAAGAUCUGUGGAAGGGCCUUUUCCACCAAGGGCAACCUCAAAGCUCAUUAUGGCGUCCAUAGGGCCAACACUCCACUUAAGAUGCAACACUCCUGUCCAAUCUGCCAAAAGAAGUUCACCAAUGCUGUUGUCCUGCAGCAGCACAUUCGGAUGCACAUGGGUGGCCAGAUUCCCAACACACCCCUGCCAGAUAGCCAGUACGAGAGCCCUGAAAUGAUGGACUCCGGCUUGCUAGAGGAUAAGAACAUGGAUGUCAGUGGGCUUGAGGAGAGCAUGGAGGAACAAGAUCUGGAUUUGGACAAUCAGGAGAAGCAGAACGCAUCCGAGACGAGUCCUGUACCCGUUUCAAAAGGGGAGCAGCCUUUCAAUGGCUCACCUGCUGCCAUGUUCUCAGGUAUCACUGCUCUAGAAAACCACAUGAAAAGCCUCACGUCAGCCCUGAACCUGCAGCGACAGAGCAGCACUGCUUCGGAGAGUGACUGCGGCCCCAAAGAGUCACCGUCGACAGCUGGCGAGCUGGAAUACAAAAACGGACGCAGUCCAGCAGCUUCAGAUUCGGUCUCCUUCCACUCUUCAUCUCCAUUAAAUGGACAUUUGGACAAUGGACAGGUGAAGUCUCCGGAAUCUGCAAAAACUGACAAUGGAGCUGUGGUUACAGCCAGAAUGGACUCUGACAGUGCAGCGCAUGAUUUUCCUGAGACAAAUGGAGCGCUGGACCUGACUUCUAGUUUCACAGCGAAAGUCAUUAAAGAAGAACCUGGCCUGCCGUACUCGAACGGAGAAUAUCCUGCGGGUCAAAUGUCAUUCUUGAGGAUGCCUCCAAGUUUGGUUAAACUAGAAAUGCAGAUUCCUCAGGAGAAUCCAAUGAGUGCCCACAGCCAGUAUGGUUCUCAGCUGCCCCAGGGGACUGCCACACCGCCUCCUGGCUCUGGUGGCCCUCGCCGCUCUACCAAGCAACAUCUGUGUAACGCAUGUGGCAAGAACUUCUCUUCUGCCAGUGCGCUGCAGAUUCAUGAACGUACACACACUGGAGAGAAGCCCUUUGCUUGCACCAUCUGCGGCAGAGCUUUCACUACGAAAGGAAACCUCAAGGUACACGUUGGAACACACAUGUGGAAUAAUACAGCAAGGCGUGGCCAGCGCCUGUCCCUGGAUAACCCCAUGGCGCUGAUUGCUGUGGGUGCCGAAUCCAAGAUGAUGCCAGAAAUGCUGCAGCCCCCGAAAGACUUGAUCCCUUCACCCAUGAACUUUGACCCGUCGGUGUGGAAUCAGUACGCUGCUGCUUUCACAAACGGGCUGACUAUGAAAACCAACGAGAUUUCGGUCAUCCAAAACGGAGGCAUCCCGCUCCCUGGAAGUCUUGCUGGGGGCCCAUUGGUUGCCUCCACUGGAGGACUGAAGAUGGACUCCUCCCACUCAGGCCUUCCAGCUGCUGUUGCUGAAAUGGAAAAGAACGGCUCAGAGAGUGUAGUCAAAUCACAGUUUCCACAUUUUAUGGAGGAGGGCAAAGUAAAUUAAGCCCACUUACUUAAAAGACUCAAAAGGCCCAGCAAUUUGAUAUUAACUUUUGUACCCACUGAGAGUUUGCCACAGAAUUUGACGCAAUCACGUCAUCCAGCCCUUUGCAUUGCAUUCGUUUUCAGUUAGUAGUUUAGCCUCAUCACAUUCUGAAAGUCCUAAAAUGGGCAGCUUUUGGAUUUUUUUUUUCUUUUCUUUUUUUUUUCCUCUCAGACUUCCAUGCCAUCCAUUGAAAAUCUUAGAUUCAUUAGCUAAACCAGAUGUAACUACUGUAGUUCUUACUGUUCUCCUUCUUUAAUAUAUGCGGGUAUUUGUCAGUAAUGUUUCUAGAAGUUGAAAUAAUGAAUGAAUGUAUGUAUGUACAAGUUUUACUUGAAAUGGCUUUAUUCCAGAACUGUCCUACUAGUGAGAACUUGCUGUUUCUGUUUCUGUGUGUGUGUUUGUGUGAUGCAGUCUGCUGAACACAAUUAUCAACACUCACAAGGUACUUGGUUGUGGUACUUGUGCUGUCGUCUGUCUAUACUAUAAGCAUUAUUUUUAACAAAAUCAACUGCUUGUAGUCUCCGCUACAUGGCUGGUCUCAUGCUCCUGUUGCGACAUCUACUACUUAUAGGUGAAGCUACGCUGUCACAACUGCUAUGCUCUCGUCUGAGCUCUUUUAGAGCUAACGUUAUGCAGCUUCGCAGGGUUGUGUUGUGUAGAACAGCUUGCUGGUGUUCCUCUUCCCAAGCUCACCUGUGGGGGGAAAAAAGUGCCUGGCAAACUUGGCAUUGUUGAUGUGUGUGAACUAGGUUUCAUGUUAAGUUAUUUUGUCUUUUUUUUUUUUUCCUCGCCGUUUCUUUCUGCUCUACCAAAAACGAAACUUAAGUGCCUGUUUACGUGGUGCAGUUUUUUUUUUUUUGUUUUUUUUUUGUUUUUUGUUUUUGAUAUUUUAUUGUUGAAGGAAAAAAAGCACCACUCGAUUGUAAUGAAGGUUCUUUAUGACCAAAAUGUACUAUAUUUUUGCAUGUAGCCUUAGAGUAUUGUUUUGUGAAAUGCAUAAACAUUUAACCCAAUCCCGAUUCCUCUCCAUGUCCGGCAUUAUUAUUGUAUAUUUUUAUUUUAGUAUUUUAUUUCUUCAGAUGACAUUUGGACCUUUUUUUUUUAUGUAGUCAUCUCCUCUCUUCUCUUAUCAGUGGGACUAAACGGGCUUUCUUUAGGGCCAGCAUAAUGCUGAAACACAUCCCUGCACUUUAUUACUUAUUUCCUACAUUCUGCAAAAAGGAGAAAAUCGAGUAGAUUAACUGUAUCAAUCAUCUGUUGACCCUAAAAGCUGUUUAUUUGCCAUUACUGCCCCCACCUUGAUUCCCAAUGUUUACUUUAAUCUUUCUAGGUGAGCUGCUGCUGCUGCACACUGUAUCUGUCUGGUCAGAAUGUGCUGUUACAUGUGCUGCUUGUGUUGGGCAACAUGCUGCAUUGCUGCAAUCAUAACCAAAGAGGAGAGGCAGUCUUAAAUCUGCCCCUCCACCCCCUAUUAAGUUAAGCCACCUAGUGCCGACUGCUCUUUUGUCCUGUCAUCAGUAGUUGUAUGUGUGUACGCAUCCUUAAACUGUAUAGCGCAUCUUCUGGCUCUAAAUGUUGACUUAAGUCAAACUACUUCUACCUCAUUUAGAUUUCUUUUCAUGUUCUCACUCUACUGAACUUUUUUUAUUUUUUUAUUUUUUUUUUGCUACCAUGUGCUCUGAGUAAGUGAUGUUAUGGUCACAUUACAAUCUUCAUCCAUAACCUGCUGAUGUUUGUAAUGAAUGUAUUGCUGGACACUUUGCACAACAACACUUGCUCAGAAUAAACCAACAAAGACUCCUGUACAUUUAUCUUUAUGCAUAUUUGCCGAGUUGUGCCUUUUCAUAAUGUAAAAGAAAGAGACAGUGUCAGAUCAAGGGGUCUUGUAUGGUUUUUCAAACGUUGAGUCUGUUUUAGGCUUGUUUACAGUGUAGAUGUUUUGUAAAUGUUUGCGGGUUUUUUUUCUCUUCAUCCUCUUGAGAUUUUUUUUUUUUAAAUAAAAACCCAGGAUGACUUUUCAAAUUG